CCCGAUUUCUGACCUGCGUGGAGUGAUUCAGCAAGGUUUCACACGACAGGCGUUGGGGCCAUGUCAAAAUCAGCUGAUAUACCAAUGGAAGAUGAUGACGCCGGUGCUACCGGGCUGGGGUCUGCCCUGAGGAAGUUUGAGGACCUGCCAGAAGUCAGAUGCCUGAUCGAGGAGAUACCCGAGAUCUACAGAGACACAGCACUGAUUGAGUCCCGUCUCCAGCGCUUCACGACUAUCCUCGACUACUACCAGGAGCAGCCACAGCUGCUUGACAAGGACCUCGACUCGCUGCUCGCUACGCUGUUUGGUCAUCUGGAUCACUUCGACGCCUCGGAUGAACUGAUCCAUCUCACGUUCAAGUACAUGGUGCUGAUUGUAAAGCUUCGCGGCCCCAAGACUAUGGCGCGUCACAUGCCACAUGAGGUGGCCGACGUGGAGCGCGUGCUGCAGUACCUAGAGCGACAGGACCCAGAUGACCACCACAACUGGGAGACGCGCUACGUCCUGCUGCUCUGGCUCUCCAUCCUCGUCAUCAUCCCCUUCACCAUGUCCUCGUUCGACGACGGCAGUCAUGCGCCCAUCACAGAACGCAUUAUGGCGGUGACGCGGCAGUUCUUGGGCGCCAUCGACAAGUCACGGGACGCGGCGGCGCUGGUGGCGUCCAAGUUCGUCACGCGCCCGGAUAACGUGAAGCGAUAUCUCCCACGGCUGGUCGACUGGACCUUGACGACGUGCGAGACGGCCUCCGCUCCGCUGUGCUCGCUGCUCGGCGCGCUGGGCUGUCUGGCAGCCGUGUUCAAGCACGGCAAGCGGGCCGACCUGCUGCCCAUGGCGCCGAACGUGCUGCGCCGCCUGCUGGCCUCGGGCCGCCUGCAGCACAACACCACCCAGGUCCGCAAGCUGACUUUCAAGUCGGUCCAGCGUGUCGGGCUGACGUUUCUGCCGGCGCGGGUGGCCAGCUGGCGGUACGACCGUGGCCAGCGCUCGCUGCUGGUGAGCUUUCAGCAAGGUGUGCCGGCCGAGCCGGUCCCGGCGCCGGCGCCGGCGCCGGCGCCCGCCGUCGGGCCUGAGCCCGAACACGACUACGACGUGCCCGAGGACAUUGACGAGGUGCUCGAGGCCGUGCUGCAGGGACUCCGCGACAGGGACACGGUCGUCAGAUGGUCGGCGGCGAAGGGCGUGGGCCGCAUCACCAACCGGCUGCCGAAGACGCUGGCGGACGAGGUGCUGGACACGCUAAUGGAUCUCUUCACGCUGCGCGACAACAUGGCGGCCUGGCAUGGUGGCUGUCUGGCGCUGGCCGAGCUGGGUCGGCGCGGCCUGCUGACCCUGCCGCGGCUGUCGGAGGUGAUCCCUGUGCUGCUGCGCGCGCUCGUCUAUGAUGAGCUGCAGGGCAACUAUUCGGUGGGCGCGGCCGUACGCGACGCCGCCUGCUACGUGUGCUGGGCAUUCGCGCGCGCCUACCACCCGGACCACUUCCGGCCGUACGCCCACCAGGUGGCGCCGGCGCUGCUCUGUGUGGCGCUCUUCGACCGCGAGGUCAACUGCCGGCGCGCGGCCUCGGCCGCCUUCCAGGAGAACGUGGGCCGCCAGGGCACCUUCCCGCACGGCAUCGAGAUCAUUACCACGGUCGACUACUUCGCCGUCGGCAACCGGGCUGCCUCCUUCACACAGCUGAGCACAUUCGUGGGCCAGUUCCCGGAGUACACUAAGCCGCUCAUCUCCCACCUGUUGGAGAAGAAGAUUAACCACUGGGACGGAGCCAUUCGCGAGGUCACCGCCAAGGCGCUGCACAACCUCACGCCGUGCGACGUACACUACACGGCCGGCUACGUGAUGGACAUGCUGCGGCCGCACUGUCUCGGCAUCGACCUGAACGCGCGACACGGCGCGUUGUUGGCUGUGGCUGAGGUCGUGCAUGCCCUGGCCGAGCACGCCCGCCAGCACGGCCAGGACGUCACGGAACUGCUGGACGCCGCCGCGCUGCAGUUCAUCUCUGGCGUGUGCGACGAGCUGAACCGGCGCCAGAUGCUGCGCGGCCUGGGCGGCGAGCUGAUGCGACACGCCCUCUGCCACCUCGUCAGCAAGGCCUCCCUGGCCCAGUUGCCGCUCAAGAACACGCCCACUAUCGCCAGCUGGCAGGCGCUGCUCGACGACUGCCUGACCCACCACGAGGAGACUGUGCGCGCGUACGCGGUGGCCGCGCUACCUGCCUUCACGCGCGCCUACGUCACGCGUCCGGCCGAUGACGCCGCCGCCGCCGGCCCGUCCGGCGGCGGCGGCGACGUCACCGACGACCUGACCGCUACCGGCGCCAGCCUGCUCGACCGCUACCUGGCCGAAGUGGACAGUGACAGCCAGAACAAUCGGCGCGGCUUCGCGCUCGCAGUGGGCUCGCUGCCGGCCGAGAUGUUCCGCGGCAAGCUGCAGCGGGUGCUGAAGCGACUGCUGGCGUGCUGCAGCUCGACGCCGCAGACACGGCUGUGGGCCGAGUGUCGCCGCGACGGCACGCGCGCGCUCACCGACGUCUGCCUGACGGUGGGCGUCAGCGAGCUGGACGACGGCUCCAACCACGUGUGCGCCGCCAACGUCGAAGAAAUCUACGAGUGCCUUCUGCGCGGCCUGGAGGACUACACGUCCGACAACCGGGGAGACGUGGGCGCCUGGAUCCGGGAGGCGGCCAUCGCGGGGCUGCAGCGCGUGACGCUGCUGAUCAGCGGCGAGGCGCCGGGCCUGCUGUCGGCCGACAUGGUGGGCCGUACCAUGACCGGCCUCAGCCAGCAGGCCGUCGAGAAGAUCGACCGCACGCGCUGCGUGGCCGGCGCGGCGCUCUCCGCCCUGCUGCACGCCGAGCCGCCGGUGCCGCGCGUGCCCGAGCGCGGCGAGCUGGCGGCCAUCCUGCCGGCGGCCGUCUGCGCCUCGCUGAACUGGGGUUCGGAGCGCGAGGCGCUGCCGCGGCUGGGCCGGCUGCUGACGCUGCCGAUGUACCGGCCGGCCGUGCUGCUGGGCCUGCUGGUGAGCGCCGGCGGCAUCACCGAGCGCCUGGUGGAGACGGCCGGCGAGCAGCUUCAGCGCCACCUGCGACGGCUCCAGCCCGACGGCCGGCGCGCCUUCCUCGAGGAGGUGGUCGCCGUGAUGGAGCGCCACCGGCGCGAGGACCGCGUCACACUAGCCGUCAUCAGGGCGCUGGAGCCGCUGCUUAAUUCCGGUCUGCUGGAGCCGCUCUUCUCGGAUGAGGAGCUGGGCGAUCGGCUGGCGGCGCAGGUGCGCGCUGAGCUGGCCCGCUGCGCCGACCCGCACAAGCUGAUGGCCGGCGUCGACCUCCUGUGCGCGCUGAUGCAGUUCCCGGCGGGCACGCAGCGCCGCUGCCUGGGCCAGCUAAUGGUGCUGCUGUGCCACCGGUUCCCGCGCAUCCGGCGCGCCGCCGCCAGCGGACUCUUCGAGAUGUUGCUGACGCAGGGCGAGCUGGCCGGCGUGGACGGCGCGGCGUCGGAGCGCGCGCAGGCGCUGCUCGGCGAAACCGACUGGAACGCGGCUGUGGACGUAGUGCGGCCCGUCCGGGAUCAGGUGUGCCACGAGCUCGGCGUGCCGGUGCCGCAGCGCCUGAAAAAGUGAGCACCUCGUCCGUCCUGGUCUAGGCCGAGUUCCACUCAUCAGCCGAUAUCGCCUGUGAUUGGUGUCGCUCUAUCAUCGCACGAUUUGUCCUGAAGGAUGUUUAACGCGCAGACAUUCCGCCGCCGGGUUGUGUUCUUGCGAGCGGUCGUGAUUGCAGGUGUUACAUAGCCUCGUUUAUUACACAAUAUUUAACAUGAUUAGUCGCUCGAAUUCGCUCCACGGCUCACUCCGUCGCCACUCGUGCCUCCUGCGACAAUAAACACGUCGAUUUAGC